AUGUCAGAAGAACAAACAAAAAUAAGAGAAACCGUACAAGAUGUGCCUGUACAAGAAACAGUAGAUAAGACUAAGAAAGAAACACCUAAGAAGGUUAAAAGAAACCCAUUAACACAUGUAAUAGGAUUCUUAAUGGGGUUGUUCUUUUUAAUGGUAGGAGUUAAGUUUGUUAUGUCAGUAUACUUCCCAGAUUUAAAGUAUGCAGGACAUAACUUUACAAGCUUAAUGUUAAAUGAUGUACACUUUAUUAACAGUACUAAGUAUGAAGCAGUAAAUGCAGAAUAUAAAGUAUCUACCACUGAUUCAUCAAAAGCAUAUUAUGAUAAUUUGCAGCCAUUUGGUGCUAAUACAGUUUCAUUGUCAAUGAGUUAUGUUAAUGAUCAGUAUCCAUUAGACAACAUGGUAGGUAAAUAUCCUUACAAGAUAUUUAAGAAUAACGUUGCUAUUAUGUGCUAUCUUAAAGAGUUUUUGAUACCAAGACAUCUUUUUAUCUCACUUAAUAAACCUCUUAAUCCUUUAGUUCAUACUAGAACUUCAGAAUUAGUGCAAUUUAAGUUAAGAGAAGAUGAUAAGUUUGUAGAAAAUAAUGAUAAACGUCUUGGUGAAGUAACCAAGGCAAUGUUUGAAUUUGUUCGUAAAAUUGAAGAAGAUUACACUAAAAAACUUAAUAGUGGUUUUAGUGAUAAUAGUUUUUUUAUUAAUUUUAAUAAAGAAGGAAAAGUUACAUUAUCUGAAAAGCUAACAGAUGCAAUUAAAGAAUUAGUUAAUGCUAUUAAUAAACAUUAUGUAAAUAUUGCUUCUAAUAGCUUUAAUAGUAGUGAAAAUAGGCAACUCAACGAUGAUGAUGUUAAGGAUUUUAUUAAAUCAUUUGCUAUUGGUUAUCCAACUGCAACUCAAUACUUUGUAUUGAAUAAGUUAUUUUAUUAUUCUUUCUUUAUGAAAAGUGAUAAAAUUUUAAAAUCAAAAAAAUUCAAAAAUUUAGAUGAAAUUAAAAAUAUUGAUGAUGAAAUUAAAAAUAAAGAAAAUGAACUUACACAAGUUGAUGAAAGUAAAAAAGGUGAUAUUAUUCAGAAAAUUAUGAAACUUGAAUUGAAAAAGCAAAAAUUGGUAAAUUCAAUUAUUCAUAGACAAUUUGUUAUUUGUCUAUCAUCUUUGUUUUUUAAUGGAGAAGAUACAAGUUCAAAUGAUUUUAAAACAUCUUUUCCAUUUGUAAAAGAUACGGAUAAGAGAACUGGAUUUUUCAGUAUGAGUAAGUUACGUAGUUUACCAAGCUAUGAUAAAUUUAGUAAAGAUCGUCUUAUGAAAGAAGCAGAGGCUGUUUAUUUACCAGAUGAUGGAAAUUAA